AUGGCGAAGAAAGGAAAGAAGAACCAGCAGAACUACUGGGAUGAGGAUUUCGAAGAAGAUAUGCCUCAAGGAGAGGAGAUUGGCAGCCCUGCUCCCGAAGCUACUCCACAGGAAGGUGCUGAAGGCUCUGUAGAAGGUGAGGAAACCGCUGAACUAGACUUUAUGGCCACUUUGAAGAAAUCUAAGAAAAAGCAAGAAGAGGAAGUGAAGAAAGAUGCUGAUAAACCAGUGCUGAAGUCCAAGAAGGAAAAGGAGAAGGAAAAGAAGGAGAAGGAAAAGCAAAAGAAAAAAGAGCAAGCCGCCAAGAAGAAGGCUCAACAACAAGCUCAGAAGGAAAAGAACAAGCAACUGAAUAAAGAAAAUGCGGAAAAGAUCGCUGCUGAAAAGAAAGAGAAAGAAUCCUCCCAAGAACCUGAAGAAGGUUCCAAAAAGCCGGCCACCAAGAAACCUGCCAAGAAGGUUCCUGCUGGUCUUGCUGCUCUAAAGCGUCAAUUAGAACUUAAGAAGCAAUUGGAAGAACAAGAGCGUCUAGAAAGAGAAGAGGAGGAAAGACUGGAAAGAGAGGAACAAGAACGUCUUGAGCAAGAAGAAAAGCAAAAAGAGCUAGAAAGAGCAGCCAAAAAGGAGAAGGAGAAGGAGAAGCGUGAAAGAUUAAAGGCUGAGGGUAAGCUUCUAACCAAGAAACAAAAAGAAGAAAAGAAGCUGCUUGAAAAGAGACGUCAAGCUCUCCUGGCAGCAGGUAACAUCAAGGUCGCUGGUUUAAGUAAGUCUGGCGAUGGUGAACAAACACAACGUCCUAAAAAGGUUGUGUACGGUAAAAAGAAGAAGAGAACUCCAGAAGAGCAAGCAUCUGCUAAAGCCAAAGAGGAGAAGAAGUCUAGCGAAGCAACCAAAGAUGCUCAAAAGGAAGAGGCAGAAGAGGUCUUGAUCGAUGAUUGGGAGAAUCUUGCCAUGGACGAUGAUGAAAAUGAACCAGCUGAAGAAAAUAAAAUCGAGGAAGCUGAAGAGGAAGCUGAAGAGGAAAUUUCUACCCCAGCAGCUUCUGGAAAUGCUCAAGAAGUUGUAUACGCUAAGGAAGAGCCAUCUAGUAAGAUUGCUGCCAACAAGAAGGAUUUGCGUUCUCCAAUUUGUUGUAUCUUGGGUCACGUCGAUACUGGUAAGACCAAGCUUUUGGAUAAGAUUAGACAAACUAAUGUUCAAGGUGGUGAAGCGGGUGGUAUUACCCAACAAAUUGGUGCAACAUAUUUCCCAAUUGAAGCUAUCAGAGACAAGACGAAAACUAUGGCUAAAUUUGAAAAGCAAACAUUUGAUGUUCCAGGUCUGUUAGUGAUCGAUACUCCAGGUCACGAAUCUUUCUCCAACUUACGUUCCAGAGGUUCCUCCUUGUGUAACAUCGCUAUUUUGGUUAUCGAUAUUAUGCACGGUCUAGAACAACAAACUAUUGAAUCUAUCAAGUUACUAAGAGACAGAAAGGCUCCAUUUGUGGUUGCUUUGAAUAAAAUUGACAGAUUAUAUGACUGGCAAAGCACUCCAAACAAUUCCUUCAGAGAUUCCUUUGAACAGCAAUCUAAGGCAGUCAAGGAUGAAUUUGCUACUAGAUUGAGCAAUAUUCAACUGGCUUUGUCUGAACAGGGUUUGAAUUCUGAGUUAUAUUUCCAAAACAAGAACAUCUCUAAGUAUGUCUCCAUUGUCCCUACAUCUGCUGUCACUGGUGAAGGUAUUCCAGAUUUAUUGUGGUUGCUGCUAGAAUUGACUCAAAAGAGAAUGUCUAAACAACUUAUGUACUUAUCUCAUAUUGAAGCUACCAUUUUGGAAGUUAAGGUUGUUGAAGGUUUCGGUACUACUAUUGAUGUUAUUCUAUCAAAUGGUUACUUGAGAGAAGGUGAUAGAAUAGUAUUGUGUGGUAUGAAUGGUCCUAUAGUGACAAAUAUCAGAGCUUUAUUGACACCACAGCCGCUGCGUGAGUUGCGUUUGAAAUCUGAAUAUGUUCACCACAAGGAAGUGAAGGCUGCAUUGGGUGUUAAGAUAGCCGCAAAUGAUUUGGAGAAGGCUGUUUCUGGUUCUCGUCUAUUGGUUGUUGGUCCUGAUGACGACGAAGAAGAAAUGAUGGAUGAAGUCAUGGAAGAUCUGACUGGUCUAUUGGAUUCUGUAGACACUUCAGGUAAGGGUGUUGUUGUUCAAGCCUCUACUUUGGGUUCUUUGGAAGCUUUGUUAGAUUUCUUAAAGGACAUGAAGAUUCCAGUUAUGUCUAUAGGUUUGGGUCCAGUUUACAAACGUGAUGUUAUGAAGGCAUCUACAAUGUUGGAAAAAGCCCCAGAAUUUGCCGUUAUGUUGUGUUUCGAUGUCAAGGUUGACAAGGAAGCAGAACUAUAUGCUGAACAAGAAGGUAUCAAGAUUUUCAACGCAGACAUUAUUUACCAUUUAUUCGAUGCUUUUACAGCAUACCAAGAGAAAUUAUUGGAACAACGUCGUAAGGACUUUAUGGGUGAUGCCACAUUCCCAUGUGUGUUGAACACCAUUCAAAUCAUUAACAAGCGUGGUCCAAUGAUCAUCGGUGUUGAUGUUAUUGAAGGUACUCUGCGUGUCGGUACACCAAUUUGUGCUGUCAAGAUUGACCCUACAACAAAGGAAAAGCAAACUUUGCUUCUUGGUAGAGCAAUGUCUCUUGAAAUUAAUCACGAACCUGUCACUGAGGUCAAGAAGGGUCAAACAGCUGCUGGUGUUGCCAUGCGUCUGGAAGACCCAUCUUCUCAACAACCAAUCUGGGGUCGUCACGUCGAUGAGAAGGAUACUUUAUAUUCCUUGAUCACAAGAAGAUCCAUUGACACAUUGAAGGACAAGGCGUUCAGAGACCAAGUUCCAAAGUCAGACUGGAUGUUGAUCAAGAAGCUAAAACCAGUAUUCGGAAUUGAGUAA